UGCAAAACAAGGAAGAGAGAGUGAGGAAAGAGAGAGAUCAGUGCUUAAAAUUUAAACACGAUACAUAAUAUAAAGUGUAUGUCCCUUUUUUAAAGUGACAAAAGCAGAUCAAAGAUGUUAUUUGGCAAGAUUUUGCCAACUUUUGUGGCACUAUUCAUUCUUUUUGCUGUAUUCCACCAACCAGCUUUAGCCACAAAAAAGGCCUAUGUUGUCUACUUGGGAGCACAUUCUCAUGGCCCAGAACCAACAUCUGCUGAUCUUCACCGAGUUACCACCUCUCACACUCAGUUGCUAUCAUCAUUUCUAGGAAGUGAAGAUAAGGCUGAAGAUGCACUAAUCCACUCUUAUGAAAGGCACAUUAAUGGCUUCUCUGCUUUUCUCGAAGAGGAAGAAGCUGCAGAAAUUGCGAAGCAAGCGGGAGUAGUAUCUGUGUUCUUGAAUCAAGGGAAGAAACUGCACACGACACAUUCAUGGGAUUUUCUGAGGGUGGAAAAUAAUGGUGUGAUUGAAGCUUCUUCGAUAUGGAAGAAAGCUAGAUUCGGCGAAGAUACCAUCAUAGCCAAUCUUGAUACAGGUGUGUGGCCGGAAUCAAAGAGCUUUAGUGGCCAAGGCUAUGGCCCCAUUCCAUCAAAGUGGAAAGGAAUCUGUCAGUUUAAUCAGAGUCUUUGCAAUAGGAAGUUAAUCGGAGCUCGUUACUUCAUCAAAGGGUACGAGGCUUACACCGGGAAACAGGAUCCGUCGAUGCACAAUCCGCGCGACACCGAAGGGCAUGGGUCCCACACUCUGUCGACCGCCGGCGGGAACAUGGUGGCCGGAGCCAGUGUUUUCGGCAUUGGAAACGGCACGGCCAAGGGAGGCUCGCCCAGGGCACGCGUCGCCACCUACAAGAUAUGCUGGCCUCAGAUUAACCAAAACUCGUGCUUCGAUUCCGACAUGAUGCACGCCUUCGACGCCGCCAUAGCCGACGGCGUCGACGUCAUCUCUUUGUCUGUCGGCGGCGAUCCACUCGACUACAUGCUCGAUAGCAUCGCUAUUGGUUCCUUGCAUGCUGUGACCAAGGGCAUCGCCGUCGUCUGCUCCGGCGGCAACUCCGGCCCUAAACCGCGCACUAUUUCUAAUGUUGCGCCCUGGAUUUUCACUGUUGCCGCAAGCACGAUUGACCGUCGCUUUGAGGCUGAUGUUCAACUCAAAAACGCCUCACUUCUUAAGGGUGUGAGCAUGAGUAAAGCGCUGCCACACGACGGUUUUUAUCCUCUUAUUAGCGCUGCUGAUGCUGCAGCUGCCAAUGUAUCUGCACAUGAUGCCCUCCUAUGCUUAGACAAAUCACUGGAUUCGGGUAAGGUGGCGGGAAAAAUAGUUGUGUGUAUGAGGGGUGAGAAUGCGAGAGUCUCUAAGGGCAUUGAGGCAGCGCGUGCGGGUGCUGCCGGAAUGGUUCUCUGCAAUGACCAAACAGAUGGGAACGACGUGACCGGAGACGCUCAUUUUCUCCCAGCCACUCACAUCAGCUACGCCGAUGGCCUUGUUCUUUUUGCUUACAUCAAUUCUACCAAAAAUCCAGAAGCCCUAAUCACACCUCCUACUGGCGUGCUUGGUGUUAAGCCAUCUCCCGCCAUGGCCGCUUUCUCUUCCAGAGGCCCCAAUUCCAUCACUCCACAAAUUCUCAAGCCUGAUAUAACAGCGCCGGGAGUCAACAUAAUCGCGGCAUUCACCGCAACAGUGGGCCCCACCCCGGUGGCGGAGGACCGCCGCAGGACUCCCUACUACGUGAUGUCGGGAACGUCGAUGUCGUGCCCGCACGUGGCCGGAGUGGUGGGCCUGCUGAGGACGCUCCACCCGGACUGGAGCCCCGCCGCCAUGAAAUCCGCCAUCAUGACCACCUCGCGGACCAGGGCGAACACCGCGCUUCCCAUGCGCGACUACAACGACCGCGAGGCCGACGCCUUUGCGCGCGGAUCGGGCGACAUCCGCCCCAACCGGGCCGCCGAUCCCGGGCUGGUCUACGACAUGGGACUCACCGACUACUACGACUUCCUCUGCGGCAUCGGCUACAACCACUCCCUCAUCAGCCACAUCACGCAGUCGGACUACCAAUGCCCUAAGAAUUUCGACGUCUUAAACCUCAACUACCCUUCCAUCUCCGUUCCGUCGCUCAACGGAUCCGUGAGGGUGACGAGGAGAUUGAAGAAUGUGGGCAGCGCGGGCAGGUACGUUGCCCGUGUUAAACAGCCGCCGUUUUUCAGAGUUUGGGUGGAGCCGAGUAUUCUCGAGUUCAGCGAGAUCGGGGAGGAGAAGAGCUUUAGCGUUACUGUAAAAUCCAAGGGAUCGGUGAGCGGGUUUAGGUUCGGGGGGCUGACGUGGACGGAUGGGAUCCAUUAUGUGAGAAGUCCCAUUGUGGUUGCUAAUGCUGCUCGCGUAUAACAAUCCACUAUUCUGCCAUACCUUACUAUUAUUAUUUCUCUAUUAUAAGGAGUAGAUAAUCUUCUCAUGUA